AUGGAUUCACACCGGAAGUUCAUCGGAGAAAUAAAACAAAAAAACGAAGGAAGACAAGGGGAACAUAAUGAGCAAUCUGCACAACCCCAGAAACCUUCAUAUAAACAAGCAGUAUACGGUAUAAGGGUGGGGGUUCUACACUCCAAAUUUCCCGAGACCCUAUUCACGACAGGACAGAUAGAGGAGAUGCAGAGCUUCAUCCUGGAAGCUAUCGUGGAGGAACAGGAGGUUCCCAACUCUCCAAGAUUCUACGGUAUCAAAAGGAGACAAGGAGUUCUGAUCUUCAACUGUGAAAACACCAAUACCGCUGAAUGGCUUAAGGGAAAGCAAGGUUCCCUUAAGCCUUGGGAAGCCAGUCUGAGGAUUGUACCAGAGGAAGAAAUUCCACGUGCAAGAAUUGCGACUGUCUAUCUUCCUAAGAGUAUACAUGAAACCACCGACGAGAUUAUUAAGUUCUUGAAAGUACAAAACAAAGAGCUCUCUGUCGGAGAAUGGAACGUUCUGCGUAGAAGCGACGAGGGAAAGUCAGUACUACUUACCCUGGCAGUCAACUGCGCCACAGCAAUCAAACUUGAGAAGGAGGGUCCAUGGAUCGGCUACAAGUUUGGAAAAAUUCAGCUCAGACUGAAAAAGAAACACAAAGGAAACACGGAAAAACCUAAAAAGGUAGAGGAGACUUCAGAUAAAUCUGAGACAGUCACCACGGAAAAAAGCACCGCUGAAGAGAUAGAAGUGAAUGAUGCCAUGAAGGUGAACUCUCUCAGCAAGGAGGUGAUGAAGGAAUUGCAAGAAGCAGUGGACAGUGUUCAGAGGAAUCCAAGUGUCAGGGCAGCGGUCUUGAUAUCAGGGAAACCAGGAUGUUUCAUUGCGGGUGCGGACAUCGGAAUGCUGGAGUCUUGUAAAACGUACGAAGAAGUUCACCAAAUCUCCCGGGAAGGUCAGCAGAUCCUCAAUAGGCUUGAGAGUUCUUCAAAGCCAGUCGUGGCAGCUAUCAUGGGGUCUUGUUUAGGAGGAGGUUUGGAGGUGGCCCUUGCCUGCCACUACAGAGUGGCUGUGAAGGACAAGAAGACCGCCCUUGGACUGCCGGAAGUAAUGUUAGGGCUGCUGCCCGGAGGAGGAGGCACUCAGCGUCUACCGAAACUGGCCGGUAUCCCGGCAGCCUUGGAUCUGGAGCUGACUGGUAAGACUGUCAAGGCAGAUCGGGCAAAGAAGAUGAAAAUCGUUGACCUUCUCGUCGACCCUUUGGGUCCUGGACUUGGCACACCUGAACAACGAACAAUGGAGUACUUAGAGGACAUUGCUGUUCAGAGUGCAAGAGCUCUAGCUUCAGGUGAACUCAAAGCAGACAGGAAAAAAUCUCUGAUGGAUAAAAUUAUGAACCUUGCAUUCCAGUACGAUUGGGUAAAAGACCAAGUAUUCAAAAAAGCCAAAGGUCAAGUCAUGAAGCUCACAGGCGGACUUUAUCCUGCUCCUCUGAAGAUUCUGGAAGUGAUCCGUGUCGGUGUGGAUAAAGGGCCCGAUGCCGGGUAUGAGGCCGAGAGCAAGGGAUUCGCAGAAUUGGCCAUGACACCUCAGAGUAAAGGCCUGAUGGGACUGUUCAGAGGCCAAACUGAGUGCAAGAAGAACAGAUUCGGAACACCUAAACAGGAAAUCAAGACCGUUGCAGUGCUGGGAGCUGGACUGAUGGGAGCCGGUAUCGCUCAAGUCUCAGUGGACAAGGGGUACAAUGUUAUUCUCAAGGACACAUCCGAUGCAGGCUUGAUGCGAGGCAUCGGUCAAAUUUAUACAGGAUUGGACGGAGGUGUCAAAAGGAAAAAGAUUGAUGCAUUGGAAAGAGACAGAUUUUUAGCCAAUGUGGACGGUACGCUGGACUAUAAGAAGUUCAAGAAUGCAGAUAUUGUUAUUGAAGCUGUGUUUGAAGACAUUUCAAUUAAACACAAAGUGAUCAAAGAGCUGGAAGCAGUGGUGCCACCUCAUUGUAUCAUUGCGUCCAACACCAGCGCAAUUCCGAUCUCCAAGAUUGCAGAGGCCAGCAAGAAUCCUGAGAAGGUGAUUGGCAUGCACUACUUCUCACCGGUGGACAAGAUGCAGCUGUUGGAGAUCAUAGCCACAGACAAGACAUCGCAGGACACAGCGGCUGCUGCAGUAGCUGUAGGUCUUAAACAGGGCAAGAUAGUCAUCACAGUGAAGGAUGGCCCUGGAUUCUACACCACCAGGAUCCUCACCACCAUGGCCGCCGAGGGUCUUAGACUCCUGCAGGAAGGAGUGGAUCCCAAAGAUUUAGACAAGAUGACGAAAAAGUUUGGGUUCCCUGUUGGUGCAGCCACACUCUCAGACGAAGUUGGCAUUGAUGUUGGGGCCCACAUCGCGCGAGACUUGGGCGCUGUCUUUGGUGACAGAUUUGUGGGUGGCAACAUUGGUGUUCUCCAUGAUAUGGUGGCGGCUGGAUUCUUGGGUCGCAAAUCUGGCAAAGGAUACUUUGUCUACAAGAAGGGCACCAAGGACAGACCGGUCAACGAAGGUGCUCUCAAUAUCUUGAAGAAGUACAAGUUGACUCCUCCAAGUGCACAGGAUGAAGAAGACAUGCAACUCAGGAUGGUGUCGAGAUUCGUCAAUGAAGCUGUCCUGUGCUUACAGGAAGGCAUUCUGAAUGGACCAGUUGAAGGAGACAUUGGUGCUGUGUUUGGCUUGGGCUUCCCACCAUUCACCGGCGGACCGUUCCGGUGGGUGGACGCCUACGGUGCUAACAAACUUGUAGACAAGAUGAUGAAGUACAAAGGAGAGUACGGCGUGGCCUUCACUCCCUGCCAACUGCUAGUCGACCACUCCAAGGAUUCGUCCAAGAAGUUCUACCCAAAUUAAGACUGAUAAUAAGAUAACCUCAUGCAUGUUAAUGUACACGGUGUGCUAUUCUGUCUGUCGCAGCGUUUAAAGUGUGCCUCAGAAGCCUGUAUUUUUUAAUACUAUCUUGUAAUAAUUAUUGUUGUUAAAAACUUUUAAAUACAUUUAUAUUGUUAUUUUUU